GUGAAAGAAGACUGUGUCAUUGGAGGUCAUGCACUUUAUUUUUAUUCAUGUAAAAUUGUCUCUAUAAAGUUAUUGCUGUUAUAAAAAUUGAAAUACAUAAAUUAAAACUUUCUGCGUUUUGUAAAGUUAUGUGUGAAUUGAUUUAUCUAACGAACACAAUAUAGUUAUGGCAGACCAGUUUUGUUUACGGUGGAAUAACUUCCAGACUAAUAUAGUUAGUGCAUUGGAUUCAUUAAAGUGCUCUGAAGAUCUGGUCGAUGUUACGUUAACCUGUGAAGGCAGAAAUAUCAAGGCCCACAAAGUAAUACUGUCAGCAUGCAGCCCGUACUUUAGGAAUGUGUUCAAGGAGAAUCCAUGUCAACAUCCGGUAAUAAUUUUAAAAGAUGUGUCAGCUGAUGAUAUUCUUAGUUUGUUGUCAUAUAUGUACCAAGGGGAAGUUUUUAUAGAAGAAAGUAAGUUAUCAUCCUUUCUGCACACAGCAGCUUUGCUACAAGUCAAAGGCUUGACAGGAGUGACACAACAGAGUGACAGUUUCUUCACAACUAGUGCAACAAACAAACUGUAUACUCAAUUAACAAUUUCUGCAAAGCCACAAUUGCAUGUAGCUCAUAAAGAAACUAAAAUCCCUGCACUGAAGAAAAGAAGGAGUAGUACAUCUGAUAAACCGAAUGAUGUGUCUUUUGGGGAUGGAAACAAAAAGAUUAAAGUUCAAGAAACAAGUGAUGUGUACUGCAAAAAUAAUGGUUCCCAAACUACGAAGGUUGACAACUUGUUUGUACCAGAAAAUAACAUAGAUAAGAAAAAUGAGGGAAAAAACGAACAUUAUAUGACAACUAAUGGAAAAAAUGCAACCCAGGUACAAGAUGACAUUCCAAUUACUAUAAAAACAGAAUGGGAUGAGGAAAAUGCCUCACCUAUUCCCACACAAACAAUUAACUCUGAGAAUGACGAUAGUCUACCUGACUAUGAGAACAGUAUGCUUGCCAGAUCUUUAAUCUCAGGAAUCAACCCUUCAAAAAGUGAUGUAUGUGCCAGUCCAACCUUGAAAAAAGUGCCAAAUGUAUCAGAUAUACAAAAUAUUAUUCGACCAAAAGAUUCAAGCAUUGAUCCAGUUAAUUUUCCUACCUUGUCUAAAAGCCCUGUCAAAAUAUCACCUAAUGAAGAUUCACUAGUUAAGACUGAGAAACCAUCACCAAAAUCUGACCUAGAUUAUGAACCAGAGGUAUUGUUAUCAGAACAUAAUGAGGGGACUGACUCAGAAACAUACACUCAAGAACAGUCCCAUGCAUUAUUAUUAUUGGCUGGAAUGUCAACAGUUACAGGCUUAACAGGUGGUGCUUCAACUUCUCAAACAAUGACUUCUCAUCAGCAAUCGAAUCAUGCAGCUAUAUGUGGGGAUUGUCCACAUUGUGGAAUGAAAUAUUCAAAUCAAUCUGCUCUGAAGUAUCAUGUAAGGUUAAUGCACUCGGAUUUAACAAAUAGGCUCUGUUGUUAUUUAUGUCCCCGAUCAUUCACAAUGAGGGAAACAUUCAAAGAACACAUGUGGACCAGUCACGGCCAGCGAAAUUAAUCUCAUCAAAUUGUGUGCCUUAGAUUUUAAUUCACGAAAAUUUGUGCCUUGAAUAAUAUUUUUAUAUAAAAUUUUUAAAUACCGAACUAUUAGAAACAACUAAAUUAUUAUAAAGAAAUACCAUUGUAUUUUAAGUGAGCCUUAUGAUAUUAGAAUUAAUAUAUUUAAACUAUUAUAAACUGAAACUAUUUAAAAUUAAAGAUUAUGCUUGCAUAUUGCAAGGGAAACUAGAUCUCUCCAAAAUAGAUAUUACAUAUAAAUGAUGAAGGUGCAGACACAGUGGAGCUGUAGUUAAGAAUAGCUCUUAAUGGUGCUCCAGAAUAUACUAAAAGUUUUUACUAUCGUCUAGGUGAUGUAAGUUAUUUUAAGAUGAUAUUGAUGUUAAUGGAGUAAUAGUCACAGAAUAGAAAACUUGAAAACUGUUUCAAAAAAUAUUUCCAAUUUUGUAAGUGAUUUAUUCUACGACGUAUUUAUGAGAUUCCAUAAAUAACGAAACAAAAUCGCAGUAUUAAGAUAAUUAUGCAGAUUGAGGUAUUACAAAAAAUGUUUUUAUAAAAAACAGUCAAAAAUUUUAUAGGUCUCUUACAUAUUUUUAUCACCAACAGUAUUUUCCGUAGGCAAUAAAUUAUGAAGAUUCAGUAUACACAUUAGUUAAGUGUGGUAAAUAAAACAAAUAUUUCAUAGUUGUAUAUCGAUCUUUUUGGUAAUUUGUGCCAAAUUGAUAUAAUGUUAAGUGUCUAUGAUAUACAGAUAAUAUAUUUAUUUAGUUACCAAGUUUCUUGUAACUUUACAAUUUACAAAUUAUAUGUAAAAGCAUCAGUUACAUAAUGUUAUAAUCAUUUACUCUAUAGAUGCAUAUAAUUAUUUAUACCUUGUUGAUUGUUACCGAGUUAAAUUUUUAUUUCGUAAGUUGAAAUAUAUAAUAUUAUGUUAGUGUGGGAGAUGCCAUUAGUGAAAUGUAUGUAGGUUUUUUAAAAAUAUAUUAUAAGAUUGUAUUGAUUGAAAGGAAGGCUUUUAAGCUUCGAUGAAAUUGUAUGUAUUUACUGAUUAGUUAAAUAUAUAUGUGUUGUAUAUGUAUAUUGUUAAACAUUUUAUUCGAAAAUUUUACAAGAUUUAUAUUUUAAUUAUGUUAAAAAUAAAAAAUGCU